AUGGCCUGCUCCAUUUUUUCGCAAGACUCGAUCAGGUUUGUAGAUCGUAUGCUGGAACAGUACAAUGGCCCAGAGACCCCAAGCCAGAAUUAUACUCGUGAGUCACCCGAGCCACCCAUACCCAACUGCCCAACGGAGCUUAACGCAUCAUGGUUGUUAAGACCACCAUUCACGACAAAUUCCAGUGAAAGUGCAUAUGAAGUACGAGGGAUUUUUCACCACGUUUUUGAUCUGGCUUUGAAGAAGUGUUGCGCCAAACUUAAAGCAGGAAACAAAACAAGAAUCAAUUUCAAAACACAAGGACUAAACAGAUCUCAACUUCACGACCUUCUCCUUAAUGAUAGAGUUCAUCUUAUUCUUCCUGUGCAAAGCGAUGAGGACAAAACGUACAAAAUGAUCCUGCCUUUCAUCAAAAUUUUGGAUUCUCCUGGAGUCGUCCUCAUCCAAAGAUCUAAUCUAACACAGCAUUCAUCAUGGAUGAUGAGGAAUAGGGAAAUUUGGAAUGUCAUUAGCAGCUGUCUCCCCAUUGUUGCCUUAACAAUGCUGCUGUCGUUUGUAGCAGGGAUAUUUGUCUGGAUGAUGGUAAGUACUAAACAUGAAUUGGAACUGGACCUCAGUGAAAUAUUGAUUUUCCCAAUUUUUAGUUUUGCCUUUAAAAUGCGUUUACUCGUUAGAAUAGCUUAAUCGAGGCUACGUUUACAAGUGUCUGACGAAUUUUCGACCGUUUAAAAAUUCAUGCGUUUAGGUGUUCCGUUCACAUGAAACCUGACGCACGCUACCCGAACGAAAAAUUUAGACACCUAGCCGUUCAGAAAUUUGGAACUCCAAAGUGCAACCGCACCUUUAACGUACAAAAAUUUAGACACCGGUCAAAUUUUCGACCGCACCGGCUGAAAAUUUGACCGGCGUCUAAAUUUUUGUACGUUAAAGGCUAGUUGUAUGGAUACGUUGUUGCUCAGCUUGGAGACGCCCGAUCUCUACCUUUGCGGACUGCGCAUAAGAAAAUAGUAAAACCGUUGACAAAAGUUAAAAUUAACACACUUAUGUCCAAGAUUUUCACGCAGCCGCAAAAAUUACGAUUUUUCGGGUGUUAACGAAAAAUUGUAAAAAACGGAAGGUUGGCGAUUUUUUGAAAGCCAGUUGCGAAAAUUGCGAAAAAUCGCAAGUCUGACGAUUUUCCGCGUUAGCUGCGGUUUUUCGCAGUUCUUUGUCAUGUUAUAAAUGAUCACUGAAGUCCAGACCGAGUUGCCGAUUUGAAAAAAAAAGUUGCAAAAAUUGCGAGAGCGAAAAAUUGAGCGGUUCCAUCAUGUGAGCGAAGUGUUUGGUCAAUUUUUUCAGCCGGUCGAAAAGUCCUUCGGUGACGUAUGAACAUAGGCCGACGUUUAGAAAGAAAACUGUCUGAUUUCGUUCUCUACCCAUUUUAUAGGAUAGGGGAAGUAGUUAGUUGAGCGCUGUUAAUUAGAAAUAAAUUCUUGCGUUUCGACAAUAUAAAAGCCCUCAUCAGGGGAAAAUAUGCGAAAACGUUUAAAGCUGUAAAAGGCACCGUAAAAGGACCGUUGGAAAACAUAACAACUUACUUGUAAAAGCCAGUUUAUGCAAUUUUUAGUCAAGCCAGGUCAAGCGUACCCCCCAAAAUUCCAUUAAUGAAUUUAUUAUUCGAAGGUUCAAUCCGUUGGUAGUUGUAUGCAUUCUUUCGUCUAUGCAUUCUUGCAUGCUUAAUGAGCCUUGAAUUCACACGCGAUUCAGUUACGAAAUUUCUACCUGCUCAGUUUCCCUGAAUUUGAUGUAAAUGUCUCCUAAGAAAAUUCAUCCAUUCAAAGGUUUUCAAUCUGACCAGAUACAGAGAAGUUCUCGUAAAAUAUUCACUGCUCAUUACGCGUGCAGGAAUACCGAUUUGAAUUUGACACUAAUUUCGGGAACGACUAACGCAUUCAUUUUUCACUGAAAUAAUCAAUUCAUUAAUAGAAUCUUGGAGGUACGCUUGACCUGCCUUGACUGUAAUCUUCGCGAACGAAUCUUGUCUUGUUAAAUUCAAACAGGAAAUGAAGACAAAUACCGAGGAGUUUGGCAAGCCGCUUCAUAGCGGGAUUUUUGAUGGCUUCUGGUGGGCGUUUGUUACCAUGUCAACAGUUGGGUAAGCACAUCUGUUCAAUGAAACGGCUGCCAUGUUUUUGUUCCAAACCAAUCCUGAUUCCAAACUGGCGGAUCAACAAAGGAAAUAGGAUACGCCGGCACGCAGGCUGUCUGUCUAGGGAAUGAAUGUUAAGUUACCGAGGAGAAGGGGUUCUGGCUUAUAAAGCGUUUUACAACUUUUGAAGGCUGGUGCUGGGCGUUCAUCUGCUUUGGUUCAAUUUUAUCCUAGAUUUAAAUUCAUUCCUAGUCCCUAGGCCUCAUUAUUGCGCGCGGCCGAUUUGUUCAGGCCACGUGGUCGGAGCGAGUUUUUUUCUCCCAGCCGUUCGUCUCGGAUAGGCAAAUGUAAUAUGAUGAGUUUGAAACGGGAAUUAAAAUUAAACCGAGGGAUAAAAUUGAAACAAAGCACUUCCAUGCAUGCAUUUAUCCACCCAAUAGUUAAGCAUCGGAGCGAUUUAAGCGCCUUUCUUCCCACUGAAUGUAAAAUGAUUGAUCUAAAGUAUAUUAACUAGGAGUUUCAAUUGGGCAUCAGAGCUGGAAGACAAUACGGAGAAUACAGUUUAAAAAUAAAUUAAGUGAAGAAAAUGAAAAUGACGCCUGGGAAUUAGGGUGGGUAAGCCUUUCAAAAUUUCCAGAGUGCCAGCAGAUGAUCGAGUUAGGACACAGUGCGAGCCACCGAGCCAUGCGAAAAAAAACGUACAAAUUUAUGGCGCGUUGUCAGGGUCAAAAUAAAAAAGGUACACCCUUCGUUAUGAAUUUAAAAUCAUAUGUUCCCUGUCAUUUAAUUCUGCAAACUUACGUUAUUUUCCAGCUUGAAUUGUGAAUAAAAGUUACAUUCGGGCAUCAUUGCACCAUAGAAAUAUCGGCAACACUCCGUCAUUAUUCCUAAAAUAAAAUGUUCUCCUGGCAUUUCAUUCUGCUGAAAAAAAAAGUCUCUUCUUUUUCUGAAUUGUAAAUAAAAACAUUACUUAAACAUUGACCAAGAAAAGAAAUCUUAAAUACCCUCUGCUGCCAAAAUGCAAAACAACAAGUAAACAGAAACGCAGUCGAAUGGGGUAAAAGGUACUCCUGCUCUCAUGCUUGUUGAAUUUGUGUAAUAAAGUCUUUACACAAACCGUUCAAAAUUCAAAACAAAUACAUACUUUGUUUUCUUUUUAUUUCUUUUGUUACUUGUAACCAGUCUAACUGCUGAAUUGGAAACUUCCUUCAGCCGGAUGUGAGAUUUGCGAUAACAAGGCAUUUUGAAUUGAAUACGCGCAUUUCGAGUUGAAUUCUUUCGACCAGGCGUUAUCAGAUACAUAGGGCCUGGUCACUAAGCCGUUAUGACGUCUUAACGCCUGGCCACUAAGCCAGGUUUCGAAAGACUCGCGAAAAUGGCGCAAAAUCAACUUAGGCCGGAGCAGUCUCAAUUUCUGACUGACGUAAGACAAAUUCUGUUAGAUUUAUCCAGGAGAUUGCAACAAGGUGUCGGUGACGAUGUAGUCGAUUACGCUUUGUUCCGGUUACAGCAACUUUCCCGUCAUUUGGCAAGAUUUGCCCAUGCAGCACAAGUUUAUGAGGAAGUGCAGGCUGACCUCGACAUGAUAGCCUCCUUAUUAACUGAGGCAGAUAGAAACUUUCCGUGUCAGUACAUGGGCCUAAAUGCAGGUGCGAGUUACUCCGGGGGUCCGGGCCGUCCACGGAUGGAGAUUAGUAGAGACCCUGAUAACGCGCCAUACAGAUUAACCUGUCGUUUUAUAUAUUUAUGGUUAAAAACCUAACAGUAAAUGAAAGCUGACCAUUUCGAGUCAGUGCUUAGCCUAAUCACUAUGCUCAGUGAUUAACCUUAAUCACUAUUACGUUUUUCGGAAAGUUUUAAAAUGUCAUAACCUAAGAGCAUAGAAAUAAAGAGAUUGCGAAUUAAACGUUAGCAGAUUUAUUGCAAAAUAACUGUGACGUCUCAAGGCGGGAGCAGAUGUAGUGAGAACUAUUGCUAGUUGUAUUUUUUAGGUUGGAUUCAUUUGCAACAUAUCCGUAUAGCUGUUUCAUUUGCCUGUUGAAUUUUUUUUUAUUGUAUUUAGGCUUAAGAACAAUGAAAAAUUCUAACAGUCAAAUGCGACGGCUAUAGCGUAUGUUGCACUAUGAAUCCACCUUUAGAUUUCUUUAUAUGCCUAUGGAAAUAAUAUUUCAUCGAGGUCACGAACGAUCAAGUGAUGAAUCCCGGGGAAAACAAAGAUAUUUUUAUGUGUUUGGCUGCUCUACUAUGUCAACAAUCUUUUAUAAUUCGCAAACGGAGGUGAAUGAUUAAUGUGGUGCUCGAGAAGUUUUCUUUUGUCUUAAAGGUUUAAAAAAGAGCGAUACACAUUUGAAUCCAUAUGGAUACAAGCUUUUCUUUCGCCACAAUGGGCAAAUCAGCGACUCAUGGUCAAACUAUCUUUUCGCAACUGCAGAAGUUGCGUAUAUAACUGCGAUGAUUUUCAUUCAUAUAAUUCUUCACUCCGCAGUUCACAUAUAUGAUUUUCAUAUAUUCAUAGGUUUAUCAGCUGAAUUGUUUACCUCAACGGAAAGAGUUUUGACACAACGAUCAAACUUCACGCCUCAACGGGCGAUUGUGGUACCGAAGUCGCUCAGUAUUAGAGACGGAAAGCUCAGUGGUUUGCUCCUCUUUUUUGCCUGACACCAGCAAGUUAGAGUCGUCAGUGUACUCCGAGGAGAAGAAUUUUUGCCUGUCACAUCACUUCUGCUGAAUGCACAAAGAAAAAACUACAUGUAUCUCCAGUCGUGAUGAAGGAAGAUUCGAUCGAUAUCUUCGCACCUCAAUUAAUUCGCGAAUCGACAAAUAGAGCAACCAAACACCUAUAAAAUCUCUCGUCUUCCUUGAGAUUCAUCACUAAAACGCUCUGGAUCGAGACCAUAAUGAAUACUUCUACAAGCACACAAAGACAUCUAAAAAAUAAAAAAGCAGUUACACCAAAGGCUUAACAGGUUUACAAUCUGCUUGCACGCUGGAAAUUUACUCGAAUUCUCUGGACGAUCUCGUUCACGUGUGUUUUACGUGAUGUCAUUGCACAGGAGUGAAUACCCCGGAUAAUAAGAAAAUAAAAAUCGACUGCGCAUGCUUCUGAUCUUACAUCUGACAAAUUUCGGCUUUUUCCCGCUAUUCAGUGUGCUGCCUCGCCUAAAGGUUGAUUUCCACUGUCGCGUAAUAUUUAUGCGCGUAAACAUAUAGAGGCAAUAUAUAGACGGUCACGCGUAAGCGUGAAAGUUGAGCGAGUGUCAACUCAGUGAGGUUUACGCGUGGUUAUACAUUGCCUCUAUUUCAUUUACGCACGAAAAAAUUACGCGGCAGAGGAAAUCAACCCUAAGGCUCGCCAGCAAUAAACCAAGCUAAGGACCUAGGGUAUUCCGAAAAGGUGAUAGGCUAGACAAAUGAUGGCAGUGGAGCAAUUUUCUUAGAAGAAGGCUAACAUUAAUAAUUUUGAAUUGAUUGAAUGCCUUAUUUUUCGAAGAUAUGGCGACAAGACGCCGAGGUCUGUAGCGGCUCGGUUGUUCGCUGUGGGUUGGAUAAUGAUUGGUGUCACCAUCUGUUCAAUUUUGACGGCCACAUUGUCCAGUGCUUUGACAAGUGUUACAGUGGAGAGUGUUGGUGUGAUCGCAGGAAUAAAGGUACAUAAUGCAUUGAGAAUUUCAUUUCUUGUCGAGCCCGACUUGAUGUUGGUGACAGCAUCCUAACGACAGAGGGCAUUGACAAUCCUCCUUGUUUUUUAGGUCGGUGCUGCAAGAGAUAGCAUCGCAUUGCAGAAAGCGGUGAACCUUGGUGCGAACGUAACAGGUGAUUGUCUAUUGCCACCAACCUACGGUACUACCCUGCAAGUAAUUAAGAACGAGUUUAAAAAAAUCUGUUUCUCUAAAAUUCGUCAGUUAGAUGCCCUCUAUAAAAGAACCUGAUUAGCCUAAAGUUAGGAACAGGCUCUUAUUUUGUUCUAGAAUAACCCAUUUGUGCUGAAGGAGAACUUCGUAGGAAAUCAUCAAUGCUUUCAUCUUUCUUAUUUUUACUUGUUUUUAAUGAUUUUUAUUGGUAAGCAAUUUUUUGCAAGGAGUAGGGUGAAUAGCACUAGAUUUUCCCAACUACAAUGUAAUUUUUAUUCUUCAGAAAAUAAGAACCUGUUUAAGAGCCUCAACAGGCUAAAUUUGUGCAAAUUUGUUCAGGCUAACUCGAGGGGUAGUACUGUAUCUCAGAUCUGUCUGCAAUUUACAGAGACUCUCUCAGUGUCACUGAUGAUAUCUAUGCCAGGUAUACUGAUUUUAUUUUAUAUGUACUCAGCUUUUGAAGACCUUAAUGAGGCCUACGACGCUUUGAUUAAUGACGAGUCGAUAGAGGGAAUGAUGGAGGAAGUGUUUACAGCCAUGGAAUACAUCAAGAAAAGGAACAAUCCUUUGUUAUCUGUUGUCCAUUUCUUUGAGGAGAAGCAUGGCUAUGGAGUGGCAUUCAAAAGCAAUCCUUUUUGGGAAGAAAGCAACCUGGACAACUGCAUCAAGAAAGUUGUCCAAUUCAUAGUAAAAGACGAUAAAUAC